CGAGAUGAACCUCUUGAGACCAUUUCUGAGUGUUGAGGUAAUGAUCUUUGCAGUGACAGCUACAGGACUGCAUAUUAAGCCACAAGAGGGUAGUGUUGCUGGAGGAACAUGGAUUACUAUUACCUUGCCUGGUUCAGCAUCUCACCAACUAGAGCAUUCCUUGGCCAGUGGCUCCCAUCUGGAGGUGUCCCUAGUGAAUCCAGGUCUACCCAGAUUACCUUGUGAUGUUUCUCCUAUGUAUUUUGACUCAUCCACCAUAAGAUGCAGAACAAGGUCUUCACCUCGGGAAGGUUUGUACUAUGUGGAGUUGCUAUCACAAGGAAGGAUGAUUAACAAUCUGACUGGGAUGGAAAAAGAAAGCUAUACUUUCAAGUUCUCUGCUGUGCAGACACCUGUGGUUUACCAAAUUAGUCCACCAUCUGGCGUCCCAGGAAAUUUAAUACAGCUCUAUGGGAAGACAAUUACUGGAAGAUAUGAAACCCUGGACUUCAAUGUCGAUUAUGUCGAUGGGCCAGCUCUCCUUGUGUCAGAAGGAGAUGGAUGGACCAGUCUCUGCUCUUUUGUUGACAAACAAGCAGGACACAUCUAUCCUGUUCGGGUGGAGGAUGGACUGGGGACCCUGCAGUGCCGAGUGGAAGGCAGCCACAUAGGGUCCCAUAAUGUCAGCUUCUCAGUGUUCAACAAAGGAAGAUCAGCAGUAGACAAAGAUGCUUGGCUCAUCAGUGCUAAACAGGACCUUUUCUUGUAUCAAACACAUUCAGAAAUAGCCUCUGUUUUUCCAGCUAGUGGAAGUCUUGGUGGAGGCACUGAGCUCACUAUCACAGGGGAUUUCUUUGAGGAGCCGGUGCAGGUCACAGCUGCAGGUGUCUGCUGUAAAGUCCAGCACCUUUCUCCCCAGAAGAUCAUCUGCACCAUUGAGCCUGUCAUCAAGAGCAGGAGACUUGCUGGCCCCCAUCCAGGAAACAGAGGGCUUCUCUUUGAAGUCUGGGAUGACGCCUCUGAUCUGACAGAAGCAGGUCCUGGAUAUAGAUGGCAGUUUGUACCUAAUGCCAGUUCCCCAGUAAGAUUUCUGUCUGGGGCAAAGCAGUCAUUCAGCUCCAGACUUCGUGGAUUUUUUGUGGCUCCUGAGACCAACAAUUAUACCUUCUGGAUUCAAGCAGAUGGUCAGGCAUCUCUGUAUUUGAGCUUGUCUCAAGAUCCAGAAUGUAAGGCAAAAAUAGCUUCUCUCCCUGAGGGCAAUUCCGAAUGGCUGGAGCACUGGGAGAAGAGCUGGAGUGAAAACUGGCAGCAAAAAUCCCCCAAAUUUGAGCUAACUGCUGGCUCAAGGUACUACCUGGAAGCUUGGCAUCAUGGCAAGGCACCCAGCAGUGGGAUGAGAGUUGGUGUGCAGAUACACAACACAUGGCUGAAUCCCCAGGUAGUGAAUACUUACUACCUGGAAAGACAUGAAAUUCGGGCUCGUGCUUUGCAGCUUCCUGAAGUGCAGAUGUUGACUGUGUCAGGUACAGGGUGGUUUAGUAUCUCCUGGAACAACAUAUUCAGUGACAUGAUUCCCACAAAUGCUACUGCUCAACAGGUACAAAUAGCAAUAGAGGGGCUUCUUUCAGUAGGGUGUGAAACUGAGGCAUCUUCUGCUAAAAUUCUUUUCCAGAAUGGCUUUGAGAAAGGUAAAAAGGACUCCGUCACCACGGGACGCAUUGUCAGUGGGAUGGAGCCCUUCUGUGGGAGGUUCAGUGUUCACAGACCAGAACAGCUGGUGAAAACUUCACCUUCAACUUUACCAAGAUAUGAUCUCACUGAAUACACACAUAUAUGUUUUGCACAUAAAGGACAUAUGAGCAAAAUCCUUCAUAUAUCAGUAUCCUACACUAAUGCCACUCUCCAUUCAGUGAAGAGGAACCUCACCUGCCAAUGGGAUUUUAAUGACAGCCACCUAGAAAGCUGGACGUUUACCUGCACCAACCUCUGGAAGGGAUGUGUGAACCGUUCCAUGCUCCUCCAGGACCUCCCUGCCAAUUCCCCUGUGUUUGUGCAUCAGAUUGAUUUGCCAUUCUCUGAGAUGCAAAGAGAGCUCUCCGAGUCCUUUUACCUCGAUGAACUCAUCAUCACAGACAGCAACGUGACAGUUUCUCAGAGGAGUCCCAAACCACCUUGGCCAGAUGGGAGGAUAAUUGAAGCAGUAACAGUGGUGGGGUCAUCUCCCACCUACAAUGUGUCCCUGCUGGUGGCUGGUUGUGGUGCCAAUCUGCCUCUGCUUUCACUAAGAGAUGCUUUGUUUCUGAAUGGCUCUGAGGAAGAUGGACACCUCUCUGUCUCCUCGGAGGAUGCAAGAAUCAACCUUGCUGUUCAGAGACUGCAGAAGUCAUCUCCACCUCUUGGAGGGACCUUCCGCAUCAACCUGGGCAAUACAGUGAUAUCAGGUAUCCCUGUGCACAUUUCUUCCAAUCAUCUCCACAGGCUUUUGCAAGACAACACAGAUAAUUCUACAGCCCCGUACUUCAACAUCAGUGAUUUUACAGUGAUCAAAGACUCAAAUUCUUGUUAUGAGAAUAUCUGGACUCUGACUUGGAAAACAAAAACAGGAGACUUGCCCAAUUUUAUUAAUGUCUCUGAUGAAAACCUCACAGGUCUGAACCCAACUGUCACUAGUCGUGUGGUUUAUGAUGGGGGUGUGUUUAUUGGGCCAAUAUUUGGAGAUAUGCUUGUUACUGCCAAUAACAACACACAGGUGGUGGUGGUGGUGAAUGAUGUCCUCACAAACUGUUCUGGCUCAUGCUCUUUCCAGUUCAGCCACGAAAUGACACCCUUAGUCAGUGAAGUGGAGUACUUGUCAGAUGAUGGGUCCCAGGCUACAAUGGUUAUCAGGGGAGCUGGCUUCACUGAGGAAAAACAAGCUGUCCAAGUAGAGGUGAACAACUCCACCUGCCACGUCAUAACAUUGAAUGAAACUGAAUUGGUUUGCCAAAUGGAGAGGCUGCCAGUUGGAGUCUACCAGGUGAUGUUACUGGUGAGACCUUAUGGCUUUGCACUCAACACCAGUACAGGAGAAGGCAUCUUUCUAAGAGUUGAGCCCAAGUUGGUGGCUAUUGAACCUCCUACAGCUUCAGAGAUAGGAGGGCUGAGAGUGACUCUCAGAGGGACUGGUCUGGAAGGAAUAAACCUGGUGCUGUUCGGAUCUCAACCUUGCCCAGUUUCUGAGAGUGCCAGAAAUUCAAUGAGAAUAGAAUGCCAAAUUCCCUCUCGGGGGAUAGAGGACGCUGUUGUUCCCGUGACACUAAUUUCUGAGCACUUUUCAACAACGGUCACCAAUGUAUUCCAGUAUGAUCCUUCCUUAAAUCCCGUGGUCGUAUCACUGAGCAGAAACAGAAGUGGCAUAGCAGGGGGUCAGAAACUCCAGAUUGGAAUUUCCUCAUUUGCCAUCUACCAAGGGUUGGAUAUCAAAGUCCAAGUGGGGCAUUUAUGGGGACAGAUUCUGUCACAGUCGGACCAUGGUGUUAAUGUGACACUUCCAGCCUUGGCUCCAGGAUGGUACAACAUUUCUGUCAUCAUCAAUGGUGUUCUUGUUGCUACUUCAAAUAGGAUUCAGCCGUUGAUCCAGUAUGUCUCAGAGAUCUUCAGCAUUGAGCCGUGCUGUGGCUCUUUACUGGGUGGAACACUGCUGACAAUCUCUGGGGUGGGUUUUAGCCAAAAUCCUGCCCUAGUUUCUGUUUCAAUGAAUGAUCAAACCUGCAUGAUUACCCACCUGUCAGACGAGACCAUUUGGUGCCUAACUCCACCAGCUUCUAAUGUGUCUAAUGAAGAUUCACAAGACAUCUCUGCUACUGUAAAUGUGCUGCUCAGCAGUAGGUCACUUCCCCAUAGUUCUUUUGAAAAGAACACCACUGUCUUUAGUUAUCAAAGGACUUUGACUCCUGUGAUAACUAGUAUUGGAAUGGAGGUCACUGGCAGCAGUCUGGUCUUGAGCAUGCAGGGGACAAACAUCACUGAAUCUGUUGCUAAACUUGGGGACAGUGAAUGUGCCCUUGAGUUUCAACAUGGCAACAGUUCUACAAUGUUUUCCCAGUGUUCCUUACCGCUGACCAACCUGGAACCUGGGACUUACCCCGUCAGGGUUAUCCAGAGGCAGCUAGGAUAUGCUCACGUAGCAGCAAGACUACAGUCUCUUAUAGUAACUCCCCAGGUAACUUCCAUCUUCCCAAAGCAAGGUUCAAUUUGCGGUGGGAUAGUAUUGAUUAUAUCUGGCACUGCUUUAAAAUCCAGAAGGAAUUUGGUACAGGUGAGCCUGGAAGGUAACUAUUCCUGUGAGAUCCAGAACUCUGAUAAUAACGUCAUUAGGUGUUUCCUUCUCCCAGGAGCCCAUCCUUUACCUUAUGAGAGAUUGAUUGAGGCAUCCUGGGCUCUUAAUGUCACAGUGACUGUCAAUGGCAUUGACAGUGUCUGCCUUGGAGACUGUACGCUUCACCUACAUGAGCAGUGGACCCCCCUUGUAGAUUUGGUGACCUGGGAAAAUAGUGGGGCAUUCACCUACCUGAUGAUCAAAGGACAGCAACUGGCACAACCAAGCGACAACCCUGUAAUACACGUGAACAACCAACCUGUCUGUAAGGGAACUUUCUGGAACGAGACCAACAUCAAGUGCCAGAUGGACUGCAUCGCCCCUGGGAAGUACAACAUUUCUGUAUCCAAUGGGAGAAGUGGACAAGCGUGCUUCAGAAGAGCAACUGAGGUUCUCACUGUCGUGCCUCAGGUGCAUCAGUUUUACCCCCAAAACUUCAGUACCAAUGGUGGAGGCCUGCUCACCUUAGCAGGCUCAGCAAUGAAAGGCAAGAGCAUGACUUCUGUUCUUGUUAAUUAUCAUCCUUGUCUCAUUCUCAAUGUCUCCUGCACAAGUAUCCAGUGCACGGUGCCUCCUGGCAAUGGGACUAGUGCUUUGAGCCUAAGAGUAGAUGGCACAGACUAUUAUCUUGGAAGAAUAACUUACAGUGAGGAGUUCACCCUAGCUUUCCUUUCACUUGUGCCUGCUGGCCUUCUUUUAACGAUGACCGUAUCAGGGGUCAUAGAGAUGGAGAGCAUUCACAUAUUUGUUGGAGACUUUGCUUGUAGUGGUAUCACCAUCACGCAGUCUACAUUGCAGUGCUCAGUCCCUCCACUCCCUGCUGGCAAGUACCACGUGCUGGGCCUCGAUGUCCUCAGGGGAUGGGUUUCCUCUAACUUGACGUUCACAUCUCAGCUGUCAGUGACAUCUGUGCAUCACAACUGGGGUGGCUUGAAUGGAGAAGAGGUUCAUCUGCAUGGAAUGGGGUUUUCUCCAGGACAGACUUUGGUCACCAUCUGUGGCACCCCUUGUGAAAUUCUGGGCAACGUGACAACGACCGACCUGAGCUGCCUCGCCCCACGCUUGAAUGCAUCUUUGGCCCUUCUUUGUGGUCUGAAACACUCUACAGCCGACUGCCAAGAAGCUGGGUCCACCUUCAUCAAAUGCAAUGUCCAAGUCACUGUGGCUUCCUAUCACCAGAAGCAAUCUGUGUUUUACUUGUAUGUGUGUGACCACCGUGGACCUCAGUGCCAUCAAGGGGACGUCAACGUGUCCCGGUGGCAAUUUUCUGGACUCUUUGUCAGCCCUAAAGUGGAAAGAGAUGAAGUUCUCAUCUAUAAUAGCUCCUGUAACAUUACCAUGGAAACUGAGGCAGAGAUGGAGUGUGAGGGAGCUAAUCAGCCAAUUACCGCCAAGAUUACUGAGAUAUGGAAAAACUGGGGCCAGAACACUCAGCUCCCCCUCCAGUUCUGUGGUCGCUGGGCCGAGGACCACAGCUGGCCUGCGGGCCACCAGCCGCGAGAUGGCGACAGCGUCACGAUAGAAGGAGGCCAGACCCUGCUGCUGGGGACGACCACCAGCAACCUCAACCUGCUGCAUCUCAAAGGUGGUAAACUUGUUUUUACUGGUCCAGGACCUGUAGAACUACAUGCUCAUUACAUCCUGAUAUCUGAUGGAGGAGAACUCCAUGUGGGAUCUUCUAAGGCCCCUUUCCAUCACAAAGCACACAUCUAUCUGUACGGAAGCAUCCAUUCUUCACCAAUAUUUCCAUAUGGGAUCAAGUUCCUGGCAGUAAGGAAUGGGACCCUUUCCAUGCAUGGCUGGAUGCCAAAAGUAGCUUUCACAUAUUUGAAAUCAUCAGCUCAUAUUAAUGACACUCGAUUAGUGCUACAGGAACCAGUUGACUGGCAACCUGGUGAUGAAAUCAUUGUUGGUAGGACGGGCAUUGGUGAUGAACCACAGCAAGAGGAAAUGGCCAUGAUUGAGUCUGUGAACAACACUGAGCUCUACCUCACGUCACCGCUCAGGUAUUUUCACAGUGUUAGAGAGGAAUGGGUGAAUGGCCAAAUCGUGCCUUUGAGCGCUGUCGUGGCACUGAUUAGCAGAAGAGUUGUGGUGCAAGGAAACGUCACGAGGGAGAGGAUGUCCCACCUCGGAUGGUGUGUGAAAGCAGGUGUUUCAGGAGAUGGCUCCAGGUGUCUGUACCAGAGGAGCGAGCGGAAGCUGGGAUCUCGGGACCUGGGAGCCAUGGUCAUUGUGGAGGCCUUCCAAGGAGAGGACAGCCACGUCUGGGUGGAAGGGGUUCAGUUUCGGCACAUGGGCCAAGCGUUUCAGCAGCACCACAGUGCGCUGACCAUCACUGGCAACACGCAGAUGGCAGACUCCUACAUACGUGGCUCCUGCAUUUUGGACUCCUUUGGCCAAGGACUCCGUCUGACUGGGGUAUCGAACCUUACAGUGGACUGUAAUAUUUUCUCUGACAUUUCAGGCCAUGGGAUUCUUCUGGGAGAGAGACUGGAAAAGGGGAACAGAGUUAGUAACAAUAUACUGCUUGGCCUUUCUGGAACAGAUGGUUUAUCCAGCAUUGAAGCAUUGUCACCAGCAGGGAUAUACAUCAGGGCUCCUGCCAACCACAUAGAGGGGAAUGUGGUGUGYGCUGCUGGGUAUGGGUAUCUGUUUCAUCUUGACCCCGAGGGAUCAUCCUGGAUACCUCUGCUCUCCUUUAGURAGAAUGUAGCUCAUUCCUGCACAAGGAGUGGUUUAUUGGUAUAUCCAGAAUAUUUGCCAGCAAACCUGGGCGGCCCUGUGCAGAUGCACAGCUUCACGGCUUGGAGCAAUCAAGGCGGAGCACAGAUUUUUAGCAGCMGCAACCUUGAACUCCAGAGUUUCCAGAUUUUUGCUUGCAAAGACUUCGGCAUUGACAUCAUAGAAAGCCUGGGAAACACUUCUGUAGCUAACAGCUUUUUAAUCGGACACUUUGGGCAAAAGGACAGGACCUGUAUGUCAGCAGGACUAAAGACUCCCCAAAGAUACCAGCUGUUUGUCUCCAACACAACUUUUGGAAACUUUGAUGUAAGCACUUGUGCAGCAAUCAGGACCUGUUCUGGCUGUUACCAAGGGCAGGGUGGGUUCACAGUGAGCACCGAACGGCUGACUUUCAUCAACGCUCCUUAUCAAGUGUCCUUCCCCUUUCCUCACUCCGCUGUCCUUGAGGAUCUUGAUGGCUCUGUCACAGGGCAUGAAGGAAGUUGUCUCCUCCCUUCCACGGCCAUCAUUGAGAUGUCUUGUGCAGCCAGCGCCAACCUCAGUCAAGCUUCCAGGGGCAGUGUGUGUAAGAGGGACCUUGUCAUUCAUCGUAUGUCUAUAUUUUUAAAAGAGGCUCCAGACAUGCCUUAUAAUUUAACUGUGGCUGACAGUAGGAAUAAGACCACCACAGUCAAUUACGUCCCUGAUACUUUAUCAAACCUAUAUGGCUGGGUGGUUCUUCUCUUGGAUAAAGAGACUUACACUCUGACAUUUGAAAAUCCUUUGGUCAGCAAGAAGCUUCAGUAUUCAGCGACAUUCAGCAACUUCAUGACGGGGAAUUACCUUCUGGUGGAACACAAGAAUCUUUCUACCUAUACUGAGGUCAUGGUAUCCUGUGGGAUAAGGACUGGACGGCCUCUCCAAUCGCUCCCUUCCUAUGGUCAUCAUCAGAGCUGUGACUGGUAUCUCAAUACCAGAUUGAGGAAGUUAACUUAUUUAGUCACAGGAGCUGAUGUAAUUCAGGUCACACUGAAAGAGAGAGUGGCUUUACCUACAUCAGUUCCUUCUGAUACUGCCCUGAAAUGGUCACAUCCAGAGACAUGGAAUGAUGUGGGAAGAGGCUGGGGUGGAUCCAACAGCAGCAUCCCUGGUGCAGGGGAAGAUGUCAUCAUCUUACCUAACCGGACCAUCCUGGUGGAUACGGCCCUUCCGCCUCUGAGGGGUCUCUACAUCCUGGGGACCCUUGAAUUCCCCAGCAACUCCAGCAAUGUCCUGAGCGCCGCAUGUAUCGUGGUGGUGGGGGGCACAUUGAAAGUAGGUUCUUUUCAGCAUCCUCUAGAAAGAAAUGUGAAGCUACUGAUCCUUCUUCAGGCAUCUGAGGAAAUUUACUGUGAUCGUCUGGAAGGAAUAAAUAUCCACGCAGGAAGUAUUGGAGUGUAUGGAAAGGUGCAAAUUCAUAGCGCUUAUCCUGGGAGAUCUUGGACACAUCUGGGAAUUGACGUUGCACCUGGCAAUGAAAGGAUUUUGCUGAAGGAUGAAGUAGACUGGAAUCAUGGUGGGCAUAUUGUGAUCAGCUCCUCCUCUUAUGAAGCCCAUCAAGCUGAAGUAGUUACACUUAAAGAAGUAAAUGGCCAUAGCAUUAGGAUUCAUGAACGCCUUCUCCACAGGCAUAUUGGGUGUUCCCAUGACAUGGAAGACGGUAGACAAAUUCCUUUGGCUGCAGAGGUUGGCCUCCUAACACGCAAUGUGCAGAUCAAGUCUGAUGUGGCUUGUGCUGGGAGGAUUCUGGUGGGACAUUUUAGAGAUUCCAGUGGAACAGAGUUUGAAGGUAUCCUCCAACUCUUAAAUGUUGAAUUUUUGAACUUUGGGCCCCCUCAGCUCUCUGCCGUCGAAUUCAGGAAUGUAACCCAAGGAUCACUGAUGGUUUCAUCAAGUAUUCAUGGUAGCUGUGGAGGUGGCAUUAAAGCAGUCAUGAGCAAUGGGAUCUUGUUGCAUGAGAACAUGGUGUUCAACACAUUUGGACCUGGCAUUGAUCUGGAAGGGCAAAAUCAUUCUCUCMUCAGAAACCUUGUCAUUCUGAGCAGGCAGCCAGAAGGGUUAUUAAACUGGGUUUCUGGCAUCAAAGUCAACCUUGUCAUUGGUGUCUCUCUUCAUGGCAAUGUUGUGGCAGGAUCUGAUCGCAUUGCCUUUCAUAUCAAGGGUCAAGAGUGCUUGCUUGAUGGAGAUUAUUACAGUGAAAAUGUGGCCCAUUCAAGUCUCCAUGGUGUUCAUCUAUUCAGGGAAGAUGGAUUUCAGACCUGCACUAAAAUCACAGGAUUCCUGUCGUACAAGAAUUAUUAYUAUGGUAUCAUGUUCCAUCUUGGAAGCAGUGUCAUCAUGGACAAUGUGGUGCUGGUGGACAACAGUGUUGGUCUCUUGCCAGCAGUGUACUGUCUAUAUGCUGAGCAGUGCCACACAGGGAAAAGAUACAUAGAACUUAGAAACUCUGUCAUUGUUGCAACAAGCUCAACAUUUGACUGCAUCAAGGACAGGAUCAAACCUCUCUCUGCUGACCCAACUUCUGGGGACCGACCACCAUCCUACCCCCGCAGGGGCCGUGUUGGGAUACUGUGGCCUACAUUUACCACCACAUUCAGCCAAAGACCAGAUAGCCCAUGGCACAAAACUGGGCAUUGUCUGAAGGUAUUGGGACUCAUGAAGUUAAAAGAAGUCACCUUUACGGGUUUUAUAAAGAGCUGCUAUAGUGAAGAUAGAGACGUCUGCAUCAUGUCCAGCACUGACCAGCUAGACAUCAUGCCUCUUAUCACAGCAGAGAGAUCAAGGAUGUUACAAGUCAAUGAGAAGGACAAGUUCUACUUUCAUCAGCCACCAGCAAGUGUACAUCCUUCUGAGGACAUCACAGUCCCUGAGAAGAGAUGCAAAAGUUCAAGAAAGGCCCUUUUCAAGGAUUUGGAUGGAGGUAUCCUGGACCUAGAGCCACCUGCUUCCGUUUUCCCAAAGUCAGAAUUUGAAUGGACACAGUUUUACGCACAAACUGGAAUUUACAGAGAAGAUGGUAAGUGUAUCUUCAACCCUUCAGUACAAGGCUACUUCUGCAAGCAGACAGCUCAUGCACUUGUCAUCCUUGAAAACCUGGACCCCAAUAGAGUCAACCAGAGACUGUCUCCAGUGGUAGCACUGACUGACAGCUUUAUGGAUACCUUCAGUGAAGUGACUUCAAACGCAGGAUGUUAUCCAACUGAGCAUCCUCCUGCUUUCUCUGCUGUCUUGCCAUCCAACAAACUCACUACAGUUUGCUUCCCUGACCUACCACCUUUGACUUUCAGACUUUACCUUCUCAGUGGCCAAAACUCAACCAAGUUUCCUCUUGCUAUAUUCUACAAUGAACCCCUCAGCCUUCGUGUUUUCAUUCAAGGGAAGUAUGUCUCUCCAACCCUGUCUUCUUUCUCACUGAAUGAAGGGCUUGGAGCCAAUUACUUUAACUUUGAGAACAACCUUCUCUAUGUCCUCCUUCAUGAAGAGGAACCUGUAGAAAUAGUCACUGGUCUUUCCCUUCACAUUGCUUUUUCUGUACCUGAGACCACUGGGGAAGAGGGUGAAACAAAUAUAAUAAGUCGAUUAGCUGAUUUCUUGCAGGUUGAUCAUGACCAAAUUAGAAUAGUCUAUCGUGUGCUGGGAGAUGAAAACAUGUUAAAAGUCAUCUCAUCCAAUGUUAGCAAGAGGAGAUAUCACUGCCCUAAUAUGACAUUUUGUACAGCCUCUCAUACCAGGCCUGGCUCACAGGGAGUGAGGAGAAGAUCAGUAAGAUCCCGAACUCUGAAUGUAUCUGCUAGAGCUGUUCCAUCAAAAGUACUGGUCAUUGAACUUGGUGAUCCACCAGGCCAUGCAAGAAAUGAAUUUCAUCACUCCUUGACAAUUGACAGCUUAAAAAGUUGGGCCAGAACUAUUAUUAUCACUCAUCAAACUGGAGAUCUUCAGAGAGGGCUGGACCUACCAGUUGAUGCUUUAAUGGUGACUCAACCUUCCUUCUUGUCUCCAGAAGGAGAUAAUCACAGCAGACAAACCCCUGGAACUUGCUUGUAUGUGAGGCCCUACAGCAUCUCUGUUCGGGUUCAGCCCUCAGAUGGAGAAAUGGAGAAACCRCUUCCUGUGCAGCCGCAGAUCAUUUUCCUGGAUAGGAAGGGUAAGAGAGUUGACAAACUGGGGCUGCCCUCAGAGCCCUGGGUUGUAUCAGCUCACCUCAAGGGCUCCUCGGAGGCUAUACUAAAAGGGAUCACUGAAGUACAGGUCAUCGAUGGAUAUGCAAGCUUUACUAACCUGGCUGUCUCCAGAGCAGGCACAAACUGGAACCUCAUAUUCACUGUCACAUCACCUCCCGGGGCUAAGUUUACUGUGCUGUCUCAGCCAUUUACCAUCUUCCCUGUCCUCCUGCAAGAGAAGUCCAGCAUGAUGGUUAUUAUACUGAGUUCAGGAGCAUCUGUGCUCRUCCUUGGUCUUCUGGCAUUCUGCUGUCUCAAGAAAAGCAAAAGCAAGAAAAGAAAGGCUGAACAGUCUAAGAGAUGGCAGCAGGCAGAAGCGAGURCCAACGCACCCCAGGUCCGGGCACGGCCUUGUUCAGCUCAUCACCUCCAGCCUUGUUGCAAUCAGGGAGAGAAGGAAAGUGGCAUUUCUGCAAAGGGAGAUAUGGAAGAAAAUGGAGUAAUGGGAGAUACUAAAGGACAGUUAAAGGAGCUGAAUCAGCAGUUCCUUGAAGCCAGCUCAGAUGGAAAGACAAAUGCCUUCCAGCAUAAUGACAGUCAGCAACAGCCACGUGGAGGGGCAUCUCCUAGUGCCUCUCUGGCCCUGCAGCAGCCUACUGUCCCACCACUCUCCAGCUGGGAAAACGCCUCUCAAUCUUCAUCUGGUCACAACGAGAAAAGAGAGAAGAUCAAAAAGGUGCCAAAAUUUCAGAAGAACACCACAGAGGACAUUGCCAUGGAAGCAGCAGAUGUGAUGUGA